CUGCUGCUUUCAUUUACCUACUAAAGCAUUAUUUUACAUUAUUGUGUUGCAGGAAAUUUUUGUAGAUGAGUUUUUACUUAAAUGUUAUACAUUUGCAAAUGUUUUAUUGGUUUGAUAGUUAUUGACAAGUCUGUUUUGAUAAGAUUAUCUUUAUAUUGUUUAUCAUGAUAACCAGCAGUGUAGUGCUGUGUUACCACACCGACUGAAUGAAGGAACUUUUCAUACAACACACAGCUAGGCUGGUCACCUUCACCGCCACACUCUUCCCUGGCUGUAGUAUUAGAUGAAACACUGACUGCAAGAUAAUGGAGGACUGAUGUGUAAUCUGCUAUAGCAUUGAGCAAAUCUUCAGUGAUUUACACAGUAGAAAAUCAGCAAGUGAUAUGCUAGUAUUUGAUCAGUGGCUUUUCACAUUACUGAGGACAUUCUAAUGUGGAAGAUGAUUACGGUUGUUUUGACUUACCUUGCAUCUGCAUUGCGCAUUGUAGCAGAUGCUGCCAUUCUACUUCUCAAGCGAAGGCUGAAAUUGUAUCGGCCAGUGCAGUGCUGCUGCCAGAAUCGUGUCCGGGGCAAGGUGGUGAUUGUCACAGGUGCCAGCAGUGGCAUUGGCUUCGCCAUAGCCCAUGACUUGGCGAGUAAAGGGGCUCAUGUGUAUUUGGCGGGCCGCAACAUAAAGACAGGACAGGACGCUGUUCUUAAACUGCACAAGAAGACUGGCAACCCAGCCAUCCACUUCCUAUAUCUAGAUCUCCAGGAUUUCUGUUCAAUUCAUGCUUUUGUCAAGUCUUUUCUGAAGUGUGAAAAUCAACUUAAUGCUCUAGUAAACAAUGCAGCUGUCUUCCACCACCCCUCUGGUCUGACCACAGACCAAAUUGAAAUCACCUAUCAGACCAACUAUCUUGGUGUGUUCCUUCUCACCAAUCUCCUCCAAAGUGUCCUAAAACAGUCUUCAAACCCUCGCAUUGUAUUCGUGACAUCAGAAGCACACAAGCUGGUUAGCGUACAAGAUUUGGUUGCCUUCAAGCCAAGGCAAUUAAGCUCUCUAACAACUUUCUCAGAUUAUGUGAAGAUUUAUGGCUUGUCAAAACUUGCUUUGCAUCUUUAUUCUCAACAUCUUGUUGAGUCACUUCCAGGUGUGUAUGUUGGACUGGCUGAUCCUGGCAAUGUGUGGACGCCCAUCUAUCGCCGUUCUUGGCGGUCUUGGAGUUUGAAGCAUAUGCUGGUAAGACUGCAGUGCUACAUCUUCAUGAGGGAUGCGCAGGAAGGAGCCCAAUCCACCAUACACUUCCUCAACACCCCAAAUCCACGCAGUGGACAGUAUAUUAAUAGUUUCAUGGUUGGUGAAGAAAAGCAACCAUAUGAUUCAUCACUGGUGAAGAGGCUGGUAGCUGACUCAGUCUUCCUCACAGGCUUGCCUCGGAGCAGCCUGCCACAAGCUGCUGUAGUGACAGGUGUUGAUGGAAGUUAAGUUUAAGUUUGAUGGGUAUUAUGGUGCUGAAAUAAAUACUUAGGUAAUUAUCUACUAGAAUAUUUGUUACAAUCUAGCAUUAUAGAUUGUGAUUAUUUUUGUAACAUUCUAUAAAAAAUGUGAUAUAAUGAAGUAUUUUUAUUCAUAAUGGUAUUUUGGGUAUUACGUCUACUUUGUUCCUAAUCUUGAGCAAAUUUAUAUUGCUUUAGAUGUGAAGCUUUUGUACUAGUUGGUAAGCACAUAAUGUAUUUUCCUCUCUAAUUGUUAGUUGUGUGUGUAUUUUGUGAUGGUUGGCAAGGCACUGAAUGUGCAUCAGCUUUUAAGUAAAUGAUAGUGAGCCUGUUAUUCUGCAUUCCAUAAUUAAUUCCACUGCUCCUGAAACUAUUUUUACCAUGUGUAAAAAGGAUGGAUAUUAAUUCAAGUUUGUAUUAUUUUUAUGUGCCAAAAUGAGAACAAUAAAGUACAAGUAACUUGUAGGCAUGAGAACAUUUAAUGUUACUGGCUUUAGGGAGGUGGAGGUUGUUGGGCAGCAUUCCCACACUGGCCAGCCAUGCCCUCGUGAACAGGCGAGGGUAGGCAUCAGCCUGCAGGAAGUUUGUUGUUCUUGUGAAAUACAGCUGCUGGAUUCCAAGUACCUGAGCAGCAAGGCCUUUCAGUCCCAUGUGCUGGGUGAUGCCAUGAGUGCCCUGGACCAUGCUUUGGAGACUGCCUUCUUCUUGAUGACAAAUGAUGAAAUUGCAAGAGUAGUUGUGUGUCUGUCUGGCAAGCUGGUGAAUGUGUCGCAGGAUGUCAGUGUUACGUGCAUUGCCCACCUCAGAAUUGAGGAGAAUAGCAGGCCUGUUUAUGAACUUACUCCAGCUGACAAGUUAGGUAUAGCAAUGAAAUAUAAAAACAUGGGUGUUUCCCUCUAUAAGGAAGGGUUGUUGCACAAGCAGACUUUAGCUUUUUUUGUGUUUAGUGAUGCUGUGAAGUGGCUGUGCAUGAUACCACCUGAUGAGGACAAGGACUUUCUCCAAGAAGUGAUGACAGUAAAGAUGCAGUGUUAUAACAAUAUUGCGCUGUUUCACUUGCAGCACCAUAAUUACAACCUUUGUGUUGUGGCAACCACAGUUGUGCUGAAUGUUGAUGAAAGGAACGUGAAAGCUUUGUAUCGCAGAGCUGUGGCCAGCACUGAGAUGCAAAAUUAUGAACCGGCAGUGGAGGAUCUGAAGGCUGCUCUGCUUUUGGAUCCCAACAGCAAGCUUCUGAAGAGACAACAGGAAGUGAUCAAAAGGAAGCAGAAAGACCUUACAGAUAAAUAUGCUGUGGCAAUGAAAAAGAUGUUUUCCUGAUCACUUUUUAUUAUAGUAACUUUUUGAUGCAGUGUUCAUUACUGGAGAAUCUGCCGGCACUCCUCAGAGUAUUAGUUACAAGAAAAUUGUUAUUGCAAAAAAAAAAAAAAAUGUAUUUAGAUUUUGUAUUGAAUAUACAUAUAGAGCAGAAUUAUUUAAGACAAUGGAAUGACAAACUCU